AUGCCGCGCGGGGCCGAGGACGUCCUGGACGUCGUCGCGUUGCGCGGCGCGCGCGGCAUCACCGCUCGAGCGCUGUGUGCGCGCGUGGCGAGCGAUGAAGAUGCCGGCGCGGUCGUUGGCGAGCGACACGCCGAACCGAGCGACGACGACGCCGGCGACGCGCUCGCGAUGGCGCUCGCGUGCGUCGAGCGUGGUGACGUCGAGGUAGCACGGCUCGCGAGGACGUCGAUGGGGGACGAUGGCGAUGUCGAAGGGAUGGCUGGAAUUGGAGCGGGCGACGCGCGGGCGAAGCGCGUCGUCGAAGCGACGUUGGACGCGAAACGACGCGGUGUGGUCGAGUGGGGGAUGGAUGUGACGUUCACGGCGACGCGUGCGGCGCGCGCUCGAGCGCUCGGGAUCGGGGAUGAGGGGACGUGGGAGAAUAAGCUGAGCGAGAACGCGCGCGCGGCGCUGGAAAUCGUCGGCGCGCGCGGAAGGCGCGGCGCGACCGGUUCGGAGAUCAACGCCGCGAACGGUGGGAAGAACGCCGAUCAUCUGGUGAAGGCACUUCUCGGGGCGGGGUUGGUGGCGAUCCGCAAGACGUCGGCGCGCGAGACGGGUGGGAGCAUUCAGAACUUGGUGUACCUCAAGCGUUUUGAGCCGAGCGGAAAGUCGCACGACGCAGAGAGAGGGGAUUAUUACGCCGCGUUCACGAGAAUUCUGAGCGAAGCGCAGCAAGGCACGGCGACUUCGAAAUUUGUGCGCGAGAGUUUGCUCGCGGAGUUUGAAAAUUCGUCCCUGUUCAAGGGCUUAACCUCCACAGCGAAGACGAAAGUGUUCUCUCGGGUGAAAACCGACCUGUGCCGGGGAAAAUUCAUAGAGCCAGUCAUGAGUAAUCUCGGCGAUGCCGUACGCUUGUUGAAACCGUACGACGUGAUGGAAGACGAAUUAGACGGCGAGGACGAGGACGAGGACGACGGGCUCGACGAAUCCUGGUGGACGGGUCGAGGUGUUCGAGGCGGAAUUGUCAUCGAACAGACGUUGGAGACACAAGUGUGCCAACGCCUGCGCGAGGCUGGUCGGGCGCUGACGCAGGAAGAAAUUUUACGUGAUUUUGACGUGGCGUCGAGGACGCUCGAGAAGCGGUUUAGUAAGAUGCACGAGGAAGAUGAGCUGUUCAAGCGGGUCAUGGUGCAGAGAGGCAAAACGAAGACGGCGUGCUUCGUCGCAAACGACACCUCGAGCGAGGCCAGUGAUAAACGUCAGGGCGACGAUGGAGGUGGACGGAUGGAAAUUAGGACGAAAAUGGAUCCAAUGCUCGUCGAUGACGCGUCCAGGCGGCAUGAUUUAGUCCUCAAGGAGUUGCGUGGGAAGGGUUUUCUAUAUGUAAAUCGUUUGGGCAAAUGGCUCGCCGACGCGGAGGGAGGAAUGUAUAAGCGCGUGGAUAAAGAGUUGAUAACCGCUCUCGUCGAUAGUCUCGUCGAUAGCGGUAACGCGAUAGUGCUUGACAUGGCGCUGGCGUACGACUCCAGUACGGAACGCCAGCCGGACCGAAUACUCUUUCACAUUGACUACCCGUUUGAUCCCGCGAGCGCUGAGGACGCCCCGUUCGUCGAGGCGCUCAAGGAAGAUAUACGAGCGACAGACGUCGCCGUGAGACAAUCAAUGAGCAAAAAGCUUGCAUCAAACGAAGUUGUGCGCAUCGAACCGAUGGAAGUUACUCCUUCAUUGGUAGCGCCGAUCGCUGCUUUGCCUUUGAAUGAGCUCACCGACGUAGAAAUGGAGCAAGUGCAAGAUUUUGACACGCGAGUGUAUCGAAAUCUAAACGAUUUCCACGCCAUUGGCUUGGGAUACAUCAGAGCUUUUGUUGUUCGUCUCGAGUGUUUACACAUGUACUUGGUCGCGAAAGUGUUCGGAGCCGGCAUUGAGGACGGCACUAUUAACGACGAGAUCCUCGGCGAUUUGAUGCCGAUCUCCAUGUACAUCAAGCUCGUCAACAGCGUUGAAUCAAAGACUCUGACCGCAGAAGAUCUAGACGAAGUGAGAGCCGAGGCAUUACGCGGUAAACUCAUGCGGGAUUUACGACGGGGACUACGGGAUAAAAUGCGGUCGGUACAAAGCAUGAACAAGCUCAAGAAGCGCUUGACCGAGCUCGGGCUCGCGCACGAGGCACCCAAGUACGACCAGUCUACGAGUCAGAUGUUUUACACUCUGAAGUUGACUAAGAGUGCACGUUUCCAAAUCAAAGUAGCCAAAGUAGAUGACGAUGACUCGUGGAGCAGAGACUUUGACGUGACGACAGCGGAGGGUGCUAAAGAGUAUUGGAGCACUCUUGAGGAGACGUUCAAGGGAAAGCCCGGGAUGGACAAGGCGCAACCAGCAUCAAGCAUCGAUUAUCCGCGUCUCACGUCGACGCGGACGUGGGCUCGAAAGUACGACCUUGGUCUGGAAAAUUGCGUCAUCCUCACCGAUCGCUUACGAGAGUCUUGGCGUACUCUGCUCAAACUUUUGCUAGUGCAAAGAAACAUUUCAUUUGACGAGGUGGACCUCGCGGAUGAAUCGUCGAGUAAAGGAGCAGCUUUAAUGGCCAAGUCGAUAGAGUGUCUCGCAGAGAACGGAUUACCAAAAGAGGACGCGCUUCGAGCUGAACAGCUCGCUCAGGACGUUGGAAUACCCGACCAGAGCGGCCUAAGUCUGGUGAAGGAAAUCUGGCGAAACUACUGCUAUCGAAGAAUAUGCGCCGCCGUGACCGAUGGUAUUAUUUCAUCACAAACAGGCGCAAGGGCACUGAAUCUCUACGCGAGGUCCGCGCGAUUUAGAGUCACGAGGCGCUUGCCGUACCGUUCAUGGGCGCUGCCACAAGGAUCGCGCAGCGCUCGUAAUCCUGCGCGCUUGGAGGGAUUGACAUCUGCUGUGUCUCCGCCAAAGCCUGCAUCGGUGGCGAAAGAAAACUUGGACAUAAACGUUUCGGAAGCCAAUGAAGUCUUUGAUGACGACGAUAGCGAUGGAGAGUACAAUCUCGCCGCUGGCCGAAGAAAGGCUUUCAUCUUCGGUGCAUCAGAGGACGAGUUUUUGGUUUUCUGUAUGAUUCGAUUCAUCGCGCUGUCGGGAACAAAUGCCUUCAGAAGCGAAAAGAGAGACUACAGAGCAUCGUUGGUGUACAACGACCAGAUGUGGCGAUCAAGAUACCCUACAGUUAGGCAACGUGCCGUCGUCGAUCGCUGGAGAAGACUCACAGUCGGUGAAGGGGACGGGGAUGAGGCCAUGAGCAAGGUGCGUCACGACGCCAUCCUCAGAAUUGGAGCAGAGUAUUAUGAGCGUGGCGCGCGCGCGCGUCGCGAUAACGCACUUCCACACAGGCCGUCACCGAUACCCAAAAGUGAAUUCGAAGUUGAGCGAUGGGAUGAAACGUGGGAUGGAACCGGCAAGUGGUCGGAUGGCGUCGCAAAGCAAGUGUUGCAGUCGACUCGCUCAAUCUUAAGAGAGUUCCCAAUCUCGUACGAUUUGCCGAAGAGAGAGGCACCGAGACCGAAGCUGAAACGUGAAGAAAAAGUGCGGCGUAUUCGUGCCGGUAGGACAUUGACUGAAGCAGACGAUGAUAUCAUCCUCGCUCGUCUGGCACCCAUUGCAUUUUUACGUCGGCGCGCCAUCUCGUUUCAAGAUGAGAGCGGUGACAGUGAUGAAGAAGAUGUGAGCGAUUACGACGACGAUUCUGACGUUGAUGAAGAACUUUCGACGUCACUAAAAGGAAUGCGCGCAUAUGAAGUGUCGGCGUCGCGCUUGGAGGCGCUCACGUGCGCUCAACAUCUUUUGGAUGCAGACAAGCCAAAGCACGUCUCUUGCGUAGCUCCAAAUGGUCCACAACUUUUGGCUCUGUGUUCCGCGCUCGUUGAUCAGAAGAUCUCCAUGUCCACAACCAAUGAGACCGUGACGAGCGCACUCCCUCCGGCUUUUGACAGUUCAGGCGAUUCCGCGGGUGUUUACUUCAACUCACCCAACGUUGCGCUCAAGUCGCUUCACGGCGUGAAAAUUGAAAUCCUCGACUCUGAGAAUUCCGCGGUGAGCGACGUUUCAGGACCCAUUGAUUUCCUUCAAACGUCCAAUGAGAAUGUUAAGAUGGUGGAGCCUCACUGCAUGAAAGUCAUUCAGGGGCGAGAUCGCGGUAUGAACUUCAAUGAUCUCAUCGGCGAACUUCGCUCCUCGAAGAUCGUCGAAGCCGCUGGGGCGAGAGGCGCGGACGCCGUGCGCCGCGCGCUUGAUAAUCUCACCGCGAAAGGGAGCGUGAGAGUCGAAACAUCGGAGAACGAAAUCAUGUACUUCUGUCGGCGGACUAAGGCAUCGACGUCGUGGGCGGUUGAUGACGUAGAAAUCAAGGCAUGCGCCCGCGCCGUGCUAGGCGUCGUACUCAACCACUCAGGAGCUUCCGAGACACGUUUGAUAAACUCUCUCGGCGACUCGUUCCUAGUUCACGUGAUAUCUCACGCCGUGAAGUUUCUCGUGGACGAAGGAGUGCUCGUUGAGCGCGUGGUUGAAAAGUUAGCGUCUGUCAUUCCACCAACUCUGGGCGGAUCGACGAUUGGAGACGAUAAAAACGUCGCGGAGCGCUUCUUCUUCGCUGACGAAACCUCAGCGAAGACGAGAGAGAUAUUGACUCAUUGA